AUGGACAUGCGUGGCGUGGAAUACGUGAAGGCAAAGAUGCCAAAACUUGGAUUGGGAACAUGGCAGGUCCGCAAUGAGAGCAUCCCAGCAGCAGUUGAUGCGGCAUUGGCCUCGGGAUAUCGUUUUAUCGACACGGCGCAGAUUUAUGGUAACGAGGCAGCGAUUGGAAAGGCACUGAAGGAGGCGCUACCAAAGUACAAUCUCCAGCGUGCCGAUAUUUUCAUCACCUCGAAGUUGGCACCGGCAAAUCAGGGGCCCGGCGCCGAGAAAGCGAUUGAACAGAGUCUAAAGAACCUCCAAACCGACUACUUGGAUCUGCUGAUUAUCCACUGGCCAGGCUCAUCCAAUCCCUCAGAAUCACCAAAGAACAAGGAACUGCGAAAGCAAAGCUGGGAGACGAUGGAAAAGUUUUACGACGAGGGCAAGCUCAAGGCGAUCGGCGUCUCAAAUUACACGGAACGACAUUUGCAAGAGUUGCUUGGACAUGCAAAGGUUCACCCGGCCGUCAACCAGUGUGAAUAUCACGUCCACUAUCAAACAAACAGCCUUGUGGAUUAUUGCAAGAAGAACCAGAUCCACUUCCAGGCUUACAGCAGUUUGGGCUCGCCAGAAGGCCGGAAGAAGCUGGCCGCUGACCCACAAGUCAUCGCAAUGGCCGAGAAGUAUAAGAUCUCCGUUCACGUGCUCCUCCUCGCGUGGGCUAUCAAUCAGGAUAUGAGCGUAUUGCCACGUAGUACACAGAAGGCCCAUAUCGAAGAGAACCUCAAGGCUGCCAGCGUGAAACUCGACCCGGCUGAUGUCAAAUCUUUGCUGUCGGAUACGGCAGACCAAAAAUAUUGCUGGGACCCGAAUGUUGUUGCU